GACACAGGCGAAAAGCAUUCCGCUCGUUUGCUAUCAAAGAGCAAAGCAGCCCUCCAGUUCGAUUGAGUACCGCAGUUCUUCGUCGAAAGAGCGACGGGACGGUCCCUUUGGUCCUCGCCCUCCUGAGGACGCCUUCACUCUCGCGAGGUUACAACUUCUCCCACUCGGUUCUCCGAGGUUUUCCUUCUCGGCGGCUGGCGUCGGCGGGAGCUGCAGGGCGCAUGCUCAGUCCGCGCGGCGAGGCGACAUGGCGGCGCCCAGCUCGGAGCAGACGGCCCGGCCGCCGCGGCCGGGGAGAAGCGGGCGGAUCCUGCUGGUGCGGCACCUCCCCGCCUCGCUGACGGCUUCGGAGAAGGAGAGCUUGCUGAGGCACUUCGCCGCUUCCGUGCGGGUCCUGUCCGACCGCGGGAGGCUGAAACACACUGCUUUUGCUACUUUUCCGAAUGAAAAUGCAGCUACUCAGGCUUUAUCGAGAUUGCAUCAGCUGAACCUUCUAGGCCACACUCUGGUAGUUGAAUAUGCAAAGGACCAAGACAGUGUUUGUGCACUUAGCCAAUCUUCUGAAAGUGAGAAGGACAAAAGCCUUGAAGAACCAGUGAAAGAAGAGAAAGAACAGAAAGAUCUAGGCUGCCUCAAGAUAGAAAGUGGAAUUGCUCCUAGCCAUGGGUUAACUUUCCCUAUAAAUUCUUGCCUCAAAUAUCGAUAUCCCCCGCCUUCCAGUACAAUCCUAGCCAACAUAGCAAAUGCCUUGGCAAGUGUGCCUAAGUUUUAUGUGCAGGUUUUGCAUCUUAUGAACAAAAUGAAUCUUCCUCCUCCCUUUGGGCCAGUUACUCCUCGACCUCCUAUGUAUGAAGAGUAUAUCCCUUUACCGCCUCCUAUUCCUCCUCUGCCUCCUGAGGAACCCCCUUUGCCUGAAGAGGAGGACAGUCAGGACUCGAGCAAAGAUGAAUCUGAGUAUGAAAGUGCUGAUGAAGAGGAAAAAGAAAGAUUUACAAAGUUGAUGGAAUUGGCAACCCUCCAACCCAAACGACGGAUCCCAACAAAGCCGCACCGUACAAGAAAAAGGAGAAAGAUCAAAGACUUAUUAAAUGUCUCCCAGCUUGCUUCCCACAGCAAUUUGCACCCAGCCCUGUCGCCUUCGGAUGUGUUUGAGCAGCCGCACCCUGUAGGUCUCAAAAAAAUUGAAUUUCACAUACCUUCAGAGAGCCCUGGCAUUCUUCAGAAAAGCUUGGCGGAGCAGCAUAACAAUGACAUCUAUGCAGCCAUUGAUGAAAUAUCUGGUGAAGGGUUUGGAAAAAUCUUACCCGCUCUCUGUUCCAGUCAUAAAGAAGAGACAGAAGAGGAAGAAGAAGACGAUGAAAUACCUUCGGAAUUUGUUUCUAAAAGAGAGCUAGAAAAAAGCAGAGUCUCCCAUAAAGAAAUGGAAACUCUUGCUGUCUUCAGAAAUUAUGAGCCCGGUGAGCCAAAUUGUAGAAUUUACGUGAAGAAUCUCUCUAAACAAGUUCAAGAAAGGGAUUUGAAGUUUAUCUUUGGAAGAUACGUUGACUUUUCAUCAGAAACUGAACGUAUAAUGUUCGAUAUACGCUUAAUGAAAGAAGGCCGUAUGAAAGGACAAGCAUUUGUUGGGCUUCCCAAUGAAGGAGCAGCUGCAAAAGCUUUGAAAGAAGUCAAUGGAUAUGUUUUAUUUGACAAGCCUAUGGUGGUCCAAUUUGCUCGAUCCGCGAGACCAAAGCCGGAUCCCAAAGAGGAAAGGAGAAAAGAUAAGGGGAGAAGACCCUGAAGGUAGGUUCGUUUUGAGUUCCCUGUCUUUCAAGCUCUGGAAGAAGAUGCACGGUCGGCCGAACUAUUCAACAGUGCGUAAAAGCAUUUAACAUGUAUUUAAAACACGACACAAAUGUUCUGCUAACCUUAGGUGUGUUGUGUGCUUUUAAACAAUGGAAGACCUUCCAGCAAGUCACAUAGUGGAGGUGGAAAAUGUUUCAAUUAAAGAUCUAAUAAAUUAUUCACUUUUGCAUUG